AUGGCAACUCCUAUUCCACCAGAUGUUCCAGGUGUACACUAUACAGGAAAUAUUAUAGAUGUUUCAGGUCUCAAAACACCGCUUGUGGAGCCGGAGGAAACAGUGAGUUCCGAGGACUCGCUUCAAAUUCGAACCAAGAAAAAAUUGGAUGAAGUUAAAAUACAGAUAGAGCCUGAAUACAUACCAGGGUCCAAGUCGACAAUCCUCGAGGAGUUGUCGUCUGUGGACCGGCUUUUAAUCACAAGGAGGAUGCAGAUCAAAAGCUUUUUCUGUCUCAGUGGGCAAAGAAAUAUGUUUUACAUCAAAACGCCUGACCAGACACAGCUAUUCACUGUUCGCGAAGAAAGCAAUCGAUGGUUUGGAUACUUCUGCUUGGGGCUGCGGCCGUUGCGUCUAAGGGUAUUGAACACCUAUGGCACUGAAGUGAUUCGAAUAACACGGCCAUACAAAUUUACUACGCGGAUUUUCCCUUGCCAACUUCAAUAUUUGACGGUUUACUCUCCACCUGAGCGACUGAUCGGCCACGUGCAGCAGCAAUGGACGCCUUCCAGUCCCCUUUAUGCUGUUAAAAACAUAGAAGGAGAAGUCUUGUUCUUCAUCAAAGGUCCAUGCGUGACGGUUACAUGCUUCCAUAACCUGCAAUUCCACAUCUUGCGUCCUGAUGGCGACCAUGUGGGGGUGUCCUAUAAACCCUGGCAAGGAAUUAUUCAUGCUAUCAUCUUUGCCCCUAUUAGAGACCACUGCGGCCUGGCGUUCGACAAGAACCUAAAGUCAGACGAGAAGGCUCUGUUGAUGGCGGCGACGUUACUCUUCGAUUACAUGUAUUACGACGACAUUUGAAGAUUAACUCUUUGAUUUUGAUAAUUUAUUUUUCUAUUUUCCCUAUCUUAACGCGAAAGUAUAGACUGCGUUAGAAUAAGACUUAACUAAACGCAAAAACGGAAAGUUAAAAGAGGUUUGAUUUGUUCAGACAAAGUCCAAUGUAGGUACA